AUGCCGACGAUAGAUGUUCCUGAUAUAAAAGCAUAUGCUGACUUUCGUAUUCGACGAUGGGCUAUAAGCUUUCUCUUCAUUACUAUCAUUUUCAUAUUUUUAUUUAAUUUUCUUCCACAUGUUCGUGCUUACUAUUUGACAUCGUUCUCUUCUAACGAUCUUCCACUUCCACAAACCUUUCGUUGUCCACACAAAAAUAGAACUAGACUCGAUUACGGUCGUCUGCAUCUAGCUGGAAGUCGUGUCAUUAUUUGUGCAUUAAUACGUGACCGUGAAACGCAAGUUCCUCGUAUUCGACGUCAAAUCGAAGAAACAACCCGACUAUUCGCUGAUUAUGUCAUUGUUGUUGUUGAGAAUGAUUCAAGAGAUAGAACACGACAAGAACUAAUCAGUUGGGCACAAGAUGAGAAAGUCGCUGGUCGAAUUCAUGUUAUCGGAUGUGGUCAUAUCGUCAACGAUGAUCGUCCAUGUAAUCUUUCCUUGGCUCCUACUGCUCGAAAUCAUCAUCCAGAUAUGUCACGUAUUGAAAAAAUGGUUAUACUACGAAAUAUUUACAUGGAAUAUAUCGAACAUAAUUCUCAACUGGCAACUUUCGACUAUGUGAUAGUACAAGAUUUCGACUUACGAACGUAUACGUAUACAGAUGGACUCCUAUCGACCGGUUUUCAUUUCGACAACGAUCCAACAGUUGAUGCAAUCUGUGCCAAUGGUAUAUAUCAUGAUAUCGUUUUUGGUAGUAAAAGAUAUUUCGAUCCUUAUGCGCACAAAGAUGAACAGAACGAAAAAUGGAGUAUACUCUACGAUGAUAUUUGGUCAACAUUAUUCCGAUAUUAUCCGUGCAGUGCCAAUCUAGUUCGUGUGAAAUCGUGCUUCUCUGGUAGAACGAUGUAUCGUUAUAAAAGUAUUAAAGGAAAACGUUAUCGCACAUAUCCUGAUGCAUUUCAACAGGCAGUCUGUGAACAUGUUGGAUUCCAUGAAACACUCAGCAUUUAUUUAAAUAGUGAAAUGAUUUUUUAUAUAAGAGAGAAUAUUUAA